AUGAAGAAGAAGAGAAGCUCACACUCACAAUUCGAGCAGCAGACAAUGUUCAUCAUGAGAGAUCAGAUGGAUGUGAUGUGCUGUAAAUCAGUAGGAACUGAUCUGUCCAUGCUGGAUAUUGAUGAUUUGAUGACAGAAAUCUCUCAGCUGAAGAAAGAGGUGGCGUUACUGGAGUCAAAGCUCAGACAGAGAGAUGAACUCAACACAAAGGAUGUAUCUGGUGUCUCUCUCUGUGGCUUUACUGAUCAAACAUCUACAGAUCUUCUGGUUUCUGUCUGUAAUGAAGACCAGAAGACAUCAGUGAAUCUGCUGGACUGUGGGAUAGAAGUGAAACAAGAAGACACAGAAGCAGAUGAAGGUUAUUUGAUUUAUUCAGACCUGAUGGAGCCAAAAGAAGAAAUCACAAAUGCAAGAGAACAGACAGAUCAAGAUCAGAAAAUGGUAAAGGAGGAAAUUUUACAACUCAAUGAAAUUGAAGAAAAACCUCAUUAUUUGAUACCCAAGGAAGAAUCUCUGAGCUGCUUGAUUACUGAAAGAAAUUUGUCACCUAAAAGAAAAAAAAAGAAAAAUUCCACAGUCAAGGAUGCUCUUAUUUGCCCUCAGUGCGGAAAGACCUUCACUAAGAAAUAUAAACUUAAUGAUCACAUGAAAACCCACACCGGAGAAAAACCUUACAGAUGUGAUCAGUGUGGAAAGACCUUCACUCGCAAGUCUUGCCUUAUUAUUCACAUGAGACUUCACACUGGAGAAAAACCUUACAGAUGCGAUCAGUGUGGUAAAAGUUACAUAAAUAAAUGGCAAAUUAAUGACCACAAAAGAACCCACACCGGAGAGAAACCUUACAGAUGUGAUCAGUGUGGAAAGACCUUCACUCGUAAGUCUGACCUGAAAAAGCACAUGAAAAUUCACACUGGAGAAAAACCAUACAGAUGUGAAGAGUGUGGAAAAACCUUCACUCGCAAGUCUUGCCUUAAUGUUCACAAGACAAUUCACACUGGAGAAAAACCUUACAGAUGUGAUCAGUGUGGAAAGGCCUACAACAGAAGUUGUGACCUUAAUGAGCACAUAAGAGCCCACAAUGGAGAACAGACUAGAUGUGAUCAGUGUAGAAAACCCUUCACUCAUAAGUCUGACCUGAAAAAGCACAUGAAAAUUCACAUUGGAGAAAAACCUUACAGCUGUGAUCAGUGUGAAAAGACCUUCAAGAGGAAAAUCCACCUUAAGGUUCACACAAGAUUUCAUACUGGAGAAAAGCUUUACAGAUGUGAUCAGUGUGGAAAUUAUUUUAUUCAUAAGUCUGAAUUUAACAGGCACAUGAGAAUUCACACUAAAGAAAGGCCUUAAAAAGCCCCAACUAUGCGGUUUUCACGUUUAAAGAGUUCAGAUGCAAAACAACUAAACGCCACCUUGGUCAAAGAGUUAAUGAUAUUAACCGAAUGCUCUUGGCAUGUAUUAUACGUUCAUCACAUACUUCUGCUUCAAAUUUGCUAAAUCCCAGCCUCAGACCAUUCAGAAAUACUGGUUUGUUUCCAGAAUCCAUUAAGAGUCUGAUAGAAAUGCUCUUUUACAAGAAAAGACAUCAGGGUGGUUCCAGACCCUUUUAUUGGGUGGGGGGGCUUCAGCCACCCUACAAUUAUUAAGUCUAUUAAACCAUCAAAUAGUUAGAGCGAACAAACAAACUUGGCAAGUAACAAACAGGGCUCAAUGCAAAUAAUUUUUAAUAUGAUUCAAAUGCUUAUUUCUUUUAAUUUUGAUGAUUAUGACUGACAACAAUGAGUGAAUGCGACAGCUGAAACCCAGGUCUUGCAUACGUCUGUGCAUAGUGAUUCUUGAAGCACUGACUCCAGCUGGAGUCCACUCUUUUUGAAUCUCCCCCACAGUUUUGAAUGGGUUUUGUUUCACAAUCCUCUCCAGGGUGCGGUUAUCCGUAUUGCUUGUACACUUUUUGCUACCACAUCUUUUCCUUCACUUCGCCUCUCUAUUAAUGUGCUUGGAAACAGAGCUCUGUGAACAGCCAGUCUCUUUUGCAAUGACCUUUUGUGUCUUGCUCUCCUUGUGCAAGGUGACGGUUGUCCAAAAGACCACCAUUGACAAGUAAGCAGUCUUCCCCAAGAUUGUGUAGCCUACAGAACUAGACUGAGAGACCAUUUAAAUGCCUUUGCAGGUGUUUUGGGCUAAUUAGCUGAUUCCAGUGUGGCACCAGAUGUCUUCAAUAUUGAACCUUUUCACAAUAUUCUGAUUUUCCUUAGUUUUCAGUUAUAAUCAUCAAAAAUUAAAGAAAUAAAGAUUUGAAAUAUAUCAGUCUGUGUGUAUUGAAUGAAUAUAAUAUACAAGUUUUUUUAAUGGAAUUAGUGAAAUAAACAACUUUUGAUGAUAACAUUCAGUGAGAUGUUUGCUUUACUAAAUGGAUAUAUAAUGUUUAUAUAAAGUUUAAAUAGGCCAAACACUUCAGGCAAAAUAGACAUUCUUCAGUAGUUUUUAUUUUUUAUUUGUCUGAGGUCUACUUAUGAUGAUUGCAUGGUUUUUAUAUUCAAAAACAUCAAAAGCAAUAAGUAAUAGGAUAUUUUGUACCCUGGAUUUGAGACUGACUUGUGAAACGCUCUGUUUAGAUGGGCGGGCCAAAUUGAAGACUUAA